GUGAAAAAUUGUAAAGGAUUCUCAGAACAUAAUAAAAUAACAAAAUAAUUUCUCAUAGUCAACCACAUGGAUUUUUUUUUUAUUUUGUCCGAUUUUUGGCAUCCGUUUUUAUCAUGUUAGUAACUUCAAUGAAGUAUUUUCAGCUUAAACGGCUGUUCAAUUUUUUUCAAAGCGUAGCAAGUUAGAAAUUUUAAUUUAUGCAAAUUAUUUGUACAUAUUUAUUAAGCUUGUUUCUGUGAUAAUUUGAAAUGCAUGUCAUUCAUUGACCUUUUCAAAUAUAUUUUGCAUUUGUGCUUUUUUAAAAAAUCUAUUUUAUUUUUUCUUCAAAUCAAUUCACAUUCGUUGUUUCUUUCUGUGUGUUAGUAGUAUAAAAAAAUGAGAGUUGCUGUGAUUGGUGCUGGUGCCAGUGGCUUAGCAGCUAUUAAGGCAUGUGUUGAGGAAGGAUUAGAUGUAGUUUGUUUUGAAAGAAAUAAUGUCGUAGGUGGUUUGUGGUAUUUCACAGAGGAGGAAGGACAUUCGUCAGUGAUGCGUUCGACAGUCAUUAACACAAGCAAACAGAUGAUGAGUUACACAGACUUCCCUAUACCACACACCUUUCCUUUAUUUAUGCACAACAGGAAAGUGCUUGAGUAUUUAGAAAUGUAUGCCAAACAUUUUGAUUUAUAUCAGUACAUAAAGUUUGACAGUGUUGUGCAAAAUGUUUAUCGAGCUGAAGAUUUUAGUGAAACUGGCCAUUGGAUGGUUAACUGGGCACCCAAAGGAAAAGAAAGUGUUGGUAAUCUUACUGAAGUGUUUGAUGCAGUUAUGGUUUGUACUGGUCAUCACUGGCAAAAAAAUUGGCCAACAUUCGAAGGAAUGGAUGUUUUUGAUGGAAAACAAAUUCAUAGUAAAACAUACAAGGAUGUGAAAGGUUAUGAAAACAAGGUGGUUGUUGUGGUCGGAUUUGGCAACUCUAGUGGUGAUAUAGCAUGUGAACUAAGUAGGUGUGCAAAGCAAGUUUAUACAAGUACUCGCAGAGGAGCCUGGGUAAUGUCUCGACAAUUAUUUAGUGGUUACCCGUUUGACCAAUUUGGUUUACGCAGAAAUUUGGAUAUGCUGCCACAGUCUAUCAAAAACAGAACAACUGAGUUUAUGUUUAAUUUCAGGUUUAAUCAUAAAAAAUGGGGUAUAAAACCGAGUUAUGCAAUCGGAUGUCAGCACCCUAUGGUUAACGAUGACUUGCCAGUACGCAUCGCAUGUGGUACAGUGGUUGUAAAACCAAACAUAAAAAGAUUGACUAAACAGGGUGUGAUGUUUGAUGACGGUACAUUUGUUGAUAAUGUUGACGUCAUUAUUUAUGCAACUGGUUAUCGCAUCUCGUUCCCCUUGCUGGAAAAUAAUGAAUUAAUUGACACCAGCCAGAACAAAUUUGAUUUGUACAAAUACUUAUUUCUUCCACAACUGGAGAAACAAACCUUGGCAUGCAUAGGUGUGUUGCAACCUAUUGGUGCCAUUAACCCACUGGUGGAUUUGCAGUGUCGCUUAGCAACACGAGUUUUUCUUGGUAAGGUGAAAUUGCCAAAGGCGAGUGUUAUGUGCAAAGAGAUUAAUGAAGCUAGAGAAAAGUUGGAAAAACGUUAUUACAAUUCGCCACGUCACACGGUUCAAGUAGAUGUUAUCCCAUAUGGUGACGAACUGGCUGCCUUGAUUGGAUGCAAACCCAACAUGCUUAAAAUGUUGUUCACAGAUCCUGCACUUAGCUUGCAAUGUUUCUUUGGUCCCUGCUAUCCGCAACAGUACCGAUUAGAAGGACCUGGCAAAUGGUACGGCGCACGAGAAUACAUAAUGGACGCACAUCGAUAUACAUUUAGCCCAAUGUCGAAGGAAACGUCGCAGUCUACGAAUUGGGUUCGGUUGUUCUGUUUUGUAUUCGUUGCUUUGUUUCUUAUUUAUUUGUUGUGGUAAAGAUUUUCUAUGUAAUGAAGUUAAAAAAUGUUUCAUAAAAAACAAAUCAGUCACAUAUACGAAAGGAAAAUACAACCUGUGCGAAGUUAAUUUUGACUUCUUUUGUUGAAACUGUUCAAAUAAACGGGCUGUAAUUUAAGUUCAAAAGAGGCACGUAGCUUCCAACUGCUUUAUGACGUUUUAAAUGCUAAACAGUGUUGUGUUUUUUAAUAUUAUCAGGAUCUUCAAUGAACACACAAGCUUACAAAACUUGAUGGUCUCUCUAAUGUGCUUUUUAUUUUCCAAGUGGUCAACCGAUGCUUACUGGCUACUUCUCAAAUGUAUUUUUUUUAGAUUUAUAUAUAUUGUGUAUUAUAGGUAAAUUUUCAAUUGUGUGUAGUAUUUUUAUAAUGUCAUUUAGCUAUCAGAAUUAUAUUAAAGUUUAUUAAAAUUGGAAAUUUGAAAUAAACUUAAAAAUGUUCAUCUUACCUAAAGAA